AUGUCUUUGAGAGCAAAAGCCAGAGAAGUACCCAGUCACAUAAUCAGAAGAGUUAAUAAGGAAGAAAGGAAUGUAUUAAGUCCUAUGGAAAAGCUGUCACUCAAGGCCGUUACUCAAACGAGUUCCGGGGCCAUCUUGAAUCUAUUCACCAUGAGUGAACCAAGAGAUAUUCCUCCUUUUAUUUCCACAACAAAUGUCCAGCAAAUCGUCUAUGAUGGGCCGGAUUCUGCUCCUGGAUCAUCAAUUCCAUCCAUUACCGGACCCACCAGUAGCCCAAUGGAAUUGCUCAUGGGUUUUCAAAAGAUCCAGGAGGGUAUUGACUUGAUUGCUGAAGGGAUGAAAUCCGAGGACAUCCAGGUAUCAACUACGCCUAGUCCCAUAGAGCAGAAAAUAAAUUUCUUGAAUCAGCAUACAGUUGGCAGCGAAAAGAAAAUUCCUCCAUUUGCUGGUAAUGUCAACCCCUCAAAUCCUGAUCCUAACCUUGAAAGACCUCAACGCGGUCCAAAUGAUCAGCCCUACCAGCAACAGCAGAACCUACAUAAGAGCCUUCUUCAUCAAGUAAAGCUCUUGGUCGAAAGGUUCGAGCAACUAGCCACCUCAAACGAACGUAACAGUAAUGCCAUUACUAAGCUUACGGAGAAACUCGGCGAUCUCAAAACAAAUUCAGUAUCCUUUGAUGGGCUUCUGGAAUUUCUCGAGCAAAACUUCCGUACUCUUAUCCUCAGUGCUCAUGAACUUGUCGAUGAAAAGCCUGCUUUUGCUGAUCUCAUCCAGCUUAAUCAAAGCUCCAAAUAUAACAAGCCGGGUGUAUGGCAAGGUAUAACCCUCCAAACCCAAGAUCGACCAUUCACGGUCCGCGUCUUGAUGCAGAACAUUCAAACCGUUAUCUCGAAUCUUCAUCCCGACAAACCUACAAAAGAAAUCGAGCUUGUGGAAGUUUUUUUCGUCUGGGAUGAUGAUGUAAUGAAUGACUAUUGCGUGGGUGUUCAUAAGAUUAGAUAUAGCCGUAUUUUGGGUCGAGGAGAGGCUGACGCGUGUACCCAAGAGGACGCUCUUGUCAACAAUAGUCUGGAGGCGAUGAUGGCAAGAGCUAAUCAGGGUUAUAUCCACGUCAAGUAUCGUCUUGAUAAGGUUGAGCAUGGGAGGUAG